CCCGCGCCCACCCAGCCCCCCCGCCGCCGAGCCCGCCCCGCGGUCAUGUAGCCAAUGAAGAUGGGCCUGGUGGUGCUCGUCCGGAACCUGCUGCUCACCCUCUGCCUUUGCCUGGUGCUGGGCUUCAUGUACUACGCCGCCUGGAAGCUGCACCUCCUCCGAUGGGAAGACCCCAAUUCAGGGGCUCUUACCUUUGACUCCGUUGGACGGACCCUAGGCUCAGGAAGGAGAGAGAGAAACAAUGUGGCCUUUGACUUUCUGUCUCCGCUGCCCUCAGGCCUUGCUGUGGACUCAGGACAAUCCAGAACCCAGAAAGAGAUGAUCGAUGCCCGGGCCACCCAGGGCCCAGCCCAGUCUAAGUAUGAUCGAUUGGGUUUUCUCCUGAAAUUGGACUCAAAAUUGCCUGCAGAGUUAGCGACCAAGUAUGCCAACUUGUCAGAUGGGGCUUGCAAGCCUGGCUACGCAUCCGCCCUGAUGACCGCCAUCUUCCCCAAAUUCUCCAGGCCAGCCCCCAUGUUCUUGGAUGACUCCUUCCGCAAGUGGGCCCGCAUCCGAGACUUUGUGCCACCCUUUGGAAUUAAAGGACAAGAUAAUCUGAUCAAAGCCAUCCUGUCAGCCACCAAAGAGUACCACCUGACACCUGCCCUGGACAGCCUCAGCUGCCGCCGCUGCAUUAUCAUAGGAAAUGGAGGUGUCCUUGCCAACAAGUCUUUGGGAGCCCGGAUCGAUGACUAUGACAUUGUGGUCAGGCUGAACUCAGCUCCGGUGAAGGGUUUUGAGAAGGAUGUCGGGGGCAAGACCACCCUGCGCAUCACUUACCCUGAGGGCGCCAUGCAGCGGCCGGAGGAGUAUGAGAAGGACUCACUCUUUGUCCUGGCUGGCUUCAAGUGGCAAGACUUCAAAUGGCUCAAGUACAUUGUCUACAAGGAGAAAGUGAGUGCUUCAGAUGGUUUCUGGAAGUCAGUGGCCACUCGGGUGCCCAAGGAGCCACCUGAAAUACGCAUCCUCAACCCCUACUUCAUCCAGGAGGCUGCCUUCAGUUUCAUUGGACUCCCCUUCAACCAUGGCCUGAUGGGCCGAGGGAACAUCCCAACUCUGGGCACCGUGGCAGUCACCAUGGCCCUGCACAGCUGUGACCAGGUGGCGGUGGCUGGCUUUGGCUAUGACAUGAGCUCACCCAACGCCCCACUUCAUUACUAUGAAUCUGUUCGCAUGGCCGCCAUCAAGGAGUCCUGGACACAUAACAUCCAGCGAGAGAAGGAGUUCCUUCGGAAGCUGGUGAAAGCCCACGUCAUCACUGACCUCACCAGUGGCAUCUGAAGGGUCCCGAACGUGGCUUGUGAAGCUCCAGCCUCCACAGGGUGAAGGGAGAGCCGCCUUCCUCCUCUGUGACCGGACCCCGGAUGGACAAGGAGCCUCUGGGUGGGCAAGUGCCAAGGACCACCAGUGCCAGCCUCGACCUGCCCAGCCUCCUUCAUCUAGGCAGGGCCUCCUGUGAGAAACACUUGCUUUGCUCGGGACUGAGGAACUCGCCUGAGACUGGGGGGCUCUGCCUGGCCCUGAAAGACCCUUCCUGGGUCUGAGACCUGCCUGGAUGCUGAGGGCCCUAGCUGGGACUAGGGGGCUCUGACUGGCUGGCUGACAGGGUCUGGCCUUCAGGGCCCCUGGGAAAGUCUCUUCCCUCAGUGUUUGCUGUAUUUUAUUUUAUUUUGUGGAUGCAGAGUGGGGUGGGGAGGGAGGGAAGGGGGAUAAUUUAUUUUUUAAAUAAGGCUGAAGACGUGAAGUCUGGUCAAUGUUUGGCAAGGAGAGAAAGUAGGGAAUGUCCCUGGGCUGCACCCCAGGGGGGUGGGGGCAGGGAACAGCAGAAGGGGUCUGAGGAGUUGGGGGGAGGGGUGUCUGCUACUCCCAGACCUGCCCCUGGCAGAAGGUGUGGCUUGGAGGGGAAGAGGGGGGCAGAGAGAGUGGUGUACCCUCCUCUCCUAAUGCCACCCAUUCCUUCCCCGCCCUGAGCCCUUGGAGCCUUGCAAGGCCCACAGAGGAGGCCUGAGCUCUCUGAAGCAGCAGCAGCAGCAGCUGCCCCUGCCUCCUGGCACCUUGGGGCUCCAGGGCCCAGGCCUGUUCCUGAAUCCUUGAGGCCCAGCAGGACCUGGGGUCCAAGGGGAUGGAUCUAGCCUCCCUGAGGCCCUGCUCUGCUCUGCUGCUGCUACUGCUGGGUGGGAUCCAGGCCAGAGGGCCAGGACUAGCCCAGAUGAGCAGAGGCCUGUGGGGUCUGUGCUACCCCUUCCUCAGGAGCCAAGGAGCAAUAAAGCAAGCAGCAGUCUG